AUGGCUCUCUCCAACAUGGCCGAACGCGGCGUCUCGGCGACGUACAUCGGAUGCUUUACAGACGGCUCGCCCCGCCUGCUCCCUGCCCCAGUCUACUCUGGCCCCCUCAACACACCCGACUACUGCACCAACCUCUGUGCACUCAAUGAAUUCAUGUUGGCAGGAGUGGAAUUGUAUCGAGCCCCGACGCUCAGCGCUGUCUCGCUCGGCUGCUUUGCCGACACGCCGGACCGCGUCAUGGGCUCGAGCCAUUUCGAGUCCAGCACCCUCACCGUGGCCAUGUGCCUGCGGUACUGCACGGCCGGUGGCUACGUGUACGCCGGCCUCGAGUACUCUAGCCAGUGCUUCUGCUCCAACACCAUGCCCACAGUCACGUCGUCGGGCUGCACGAGCACGUGUAUUGGCGACCGCAGGGCGAGCUGCGGCGGCAGCCCGGCGAUGAACGUGUACACUGCUGAGACGACAAGCACGAGCACGGCCACAACUUCAGCUGCCCCAGAGCCGACCAUUCCGGGCACGUCGUCCAACCCCAUCGCCUCAAACGCCCCCGCCGUGGCCGUGCUGGGCACCCCCGCGAUUCCCUCCUCGUCAAGCACCAAGGUCUUUUACGCACACAUGAUGGUCGGAAACACGUACACGUACACCGGGGCCGACUGGGACGCCGAAAUGUCCCUCGCGCAGACGGGCGGCGUGGACGGGUUCGCGCUCAACAUGGGCCGGGACGCGUGGGAGCCGGCCCGUAUCGGCGACGCAUACAGCGUUGCGGCCGGGAAGGGGGGGUUCAAGCUGUUCUUGUCGUUUGACAUGACCUCGAUGCCGUGUGCGGGUGCGGCGGACGCGCAGGCGCUGGCGCAGUUGGUGGUCCAGCACGCGUCCAGCCCUGCGCAGGCGACGGUCGGUGCAGGACGGCUGGCUCCUGUUCAGAAACUACAUCGCCGGCAGUGGCGUCAACACUUUAUCCCAGCGCAGUUUUCGCCCGUUUCGACGUUUGCAAGCGCGACGUGGUUUGACGCAGAGCUCAACUGGAACUCGGGCUGGCCCAUGGGGUCGGGAAACCUCGACACGAGCUCGGACACGACCUACAUGUCCGCGCUGGGCGGCAAGGGAUACAUGGCCGCGCUGUCGCCGUGCUUCUUCACGUACUAUGGCCCGAGCUCCUACAACAAGAACUGGAUCUACCGGUCGGACAACUGGCUGCUGGCGACCCGCUUCGAGUCGAUCCUCUCGAUGCGCACGCAGUUUGACCUCGUCGAGAUGGUCAGCUGGAACGAUUUCGGCGAGUCGCACUACAUGGGCUCGCUCGCGCCAGCGGUCGACCAGCCAAACUCGACGGGGUGGACCAACGGGUUCCCGCACACGGCCUGGCUGUCCUUGCUCAAAUACUAUGCCACGGCGUGGAAGACGGGCGCCUACCCGGCCAACACGGACGCGCUGUGGCUCUGGUCGCGCCCGCACCCCAAGGACGCGACGCCGACCAGCCCGACCAAUGCCCGCCCAAACAACUAUGCGGCGACCGACGACCAGCUGUAUGUCGUGGUCACGCUCGCGUCGGACGCCACGGUGACUAUUUCGUCGGGCGCCAACACGGCCACUUGGAACUUGCCAGCCGGUCUGAGCAAGCUUGCCAUCGCGAGCGCGGCCGGCUCGAUUACCGCCAAGAUUGUUCGCGCGGGCGCCACGGUCAAGAGCUACGACUCGGCGGGGUCGUUCAGUUACAACCUGUCGCCGGCCGACUACAACUUCAACUACUUUGUAGCGUCCGCGUAA